CGUUUCCAGUACGCGUUUGGCGAUCCUACUGUGCCAGUUUGAUCGGAAAAGGGAACGAGAUAAAAUCAACAUCGAUUGACCAAUUAACCGGCGGUCGUCGUCGGGCGAUCGUGUCCCCGGCUGCCUUUAGAAACUGAUCGUUAUCUCUGUGUGAUACCGUGAUAUUACUCCCGGUUAGACAAUCUUCGUCACCUGCCGCCGCCGGCUCUUGAUCCCGGUUCUCGUCUUUUCUGGUCAGAUGCACACUCGUUUGUCGUGGUAAACGAUCGAUUAGCAGAUCGUUUCGAAUCUUACGUAACCGGGUCUUCGAUAAUUGUAUGUUUACAUUUUUAUUUGGAGUUGGAUCAAACGCCAUAGGAGUAAAAUUGGGAAACUGUUCAUAUCGCGUUUUGCCUGCAAAGACUAUUCCCAGAAAAGGAUGUCUAUGAGCCAGACGCGUGCAACGCGACAAAUCGUUGGAAAGUCGUACGCUGCGACCAGCGUUUCGUGGAAAGAUCGAAAGUAAUCGGAACGACGGGGUUGAAACGGUCCGGUCGAAAGUUUCGCGAGCGAGACCGAAGAGAAAAUUUCUCAAUGGUUCUUCGUGGUUUGCUGGCACCAGCGGCGGCGCGAUGGACUCGGAAUAAAUCGUCGAAAAGAGGCCAAGAGAAACAGGCAGCCGGACAAUUAGGAUUAUCGCGUUAUGGACCGCAGGUGAUGAGCGUGUUGUGUUUAUGCACCACUGUACCCCAGACCGGUCGAAACAGCAACCAGGCCAGCAAGAUACUUCCGACCACGCCGCCGAUCCCAUCCGAGGAAGAGAGGAUAAACUCGUCGCAGGAAAUACCCACCGACGAGCUGGCUCUAUUAGCUAAGCUGGAGGAAGCCAAUAGGCUUAUCGAAUCGGAUGCAAAAUCGUUGAACUCGCUCCAAAGCAAUCACAGUAGGAAAGGUUCGGACACAUCUCAAGUGUCGGUGGCGUCGGGGAGCAGUGCAGGCAACGGCGAUGCUGCACCCCGACGCCACACCUCGGCGGAUGGCGAGGAAAAUACGUGGACCCUUUGGGGUCACAUCGUCGCUGAUUGGGAUUAUCAUUGGAAGAAGAGGAAAGAGUUCGUCAAAGAGUUAGUACGUCAAGGAAUACCUCAUCAUUUUAGAGGUAUUGUUUGGCAACUAUUAAGCGGUGCUCACGACUCUCCUGUGAAAAAGCAAUUCGCUGAGUAUAUCAAGGCCACGUCCGCUUGCGAAAGGAUAAUCAGGAGGGACAUAGCCAGGACGUAUCCUGAGCACGAUUUCUUUAAGGAGAAGGACGGCCUUGGUCAGGAGAGCCUGUUUAAUGUUAUGAAAGCUUAUAGCCUUCACGAUCGUGAAGUGGGAUACUGUCAAGGUUCGGGAUUUAUUGUAGGAUUACUCCUUAUGCAGCAAAUGCCAGAGGAGGAAGCUUUCGCUGUACUGGUAGCGCUUAUGCAAGAGUAUCGUUUGCGAGACAUGUUCAAGCCAAGUAUGGCUGAAUUAGGGGUGUGCAUGUAUCAGCUAGAACAUUUAGUUGCUGACACGCAUCCCGAGUUACACGCUCAUUUCACGGCUCAAGGUUUUCACACCUCGAUGUACGCGUCCUCUUGGUUUCUUACGCUUUUUACAACAGCGCUCAGCCUGCCGCUGGCCUGUCGCAUUUUUGACGUAUUUCUGUCCGAGGGCAUGGAAAUUAUUUUCAAAGUCGCGCUGGCCAUGUUGCAUUUAGGCAAGGAAGAUUUAUUGAGCUUGGAUAUGGAGGGCAUGUUGAAGUUCUUUCAGAAACAGCUACCUGGGAAAGCCGAGAGAGAUCCCGAUGGCCUUAUGAAUCUUGCUUAUGGUAUGAAAAUAAACCCGAAAAGAAUGAAGAAACUAGAGAAAGAUUACACCGUGCUGAAAAUGAAAGAGCAAGAAGAGAUGGUCGAGCUUCGGAGGCUUAGGGCCGAGAAUAGGUUGCUGAGACAAAGAACGGAGCUCCUGGAGGCUGAGUCUGCUGAAUUGGCGGACAGAUUAGUCAGAGGUCAGGUUUCCCGCGCGGAAGAGGAGGAAACCGCUUUUGUUGUACAAAGGGAAUUAGCAGCUCUCCGACAUACGCAUCUCGAGACCAGUCACCAACUGGAGCAAGCUCACGAAGAACUGAGAUCCUUAUCGCUGUUGCUAGAAGAGAACGUGACAUCGAAACAAUCUUCGUUGGACGAAAUUUUAUCGAAACAGGAAGCGUUGUCGCAGAAGGAGGAAAUGAUACAGUGUUUGCAAGAGGAAUUAGUGAGGGUCCGGCUGCACGAAGCGGAGAACGAUGCAACGAUAAGAGAAUUAAGGGCGAGAAUACAAGAGCUCGAGCAAGAUAAAAAGACGUUGCGUGAAUCGACGCCGGAUAAUUCCGUGGCUCAUUUGCAAGAAGAAUUGAUAGCCGUAAAAUUGAGAGAGGCGGAGGCUAAUCUUUCAUUGAAGGAUCUACGGCAGAGAAUGAUGGAAUUGAGUAGCGCUUGGCAAAGACAUCUGCAGGAGCAUCGUUCCGCUCAAAAUCAACCGGCGAGCGAUUCCACGCCGAAGAAACUCCUAUUUUGGGAGAACAGGGGCCACGAGGUUCAAAAGUACGAGGAGGACUUGAUGACGACCCGAAUCCGGGAGAUGGAAGCUUUGACGGAAGUGAAGGAGCUUAGACUGAAAGUGAUGGAGCUUGAGACUCAAGUGCAGGUCGCGACGAAUCAACUCCGACGACAAGACGAGGGAGGGAAGGUGGUGAAAGAGGAAUUGGAGGCUGCCUUAGCUAGGGAGAAGGAACUCACUGCCAAACUGCGUGAGCAACAACACAAGUAUUCCGAUUUGGAGUCGAAAAUGGAGGACGAGGCUAUGAUGGCUAGAAUACGCGACGCGGAGCACGCGCAGCAAGUGGCAGAACUCACCCAAAAGAUAUCUCUUCUUGAAUUAAAAAACGAAGAGAUGCACGCGGAAGGUGAACUUAGGAAUAAUUUAGACGACAGUGAGAGAGUGAGAGAACUACAGGACAAAGUUGCAGAAUUAAAAGCUGAGGUCAUGAGGCUAGAAAAUUGGGAGCAACGUUGGACUGGUCACGGUGGUCAAAACGUGAGAAGUUUCAGUGUCGAGACUGAGAGCGAGCUGGACGAUCGAGAUCUCAGAAUUUGUUUACAGGAUCAUAUCAAUUCGACGACACAAAACUCACCCGAGAUUAAUGAAAGUGAAAGUGAAACCGAACGAGAUAAUCGGGAGUACAGUUGUAAAACUUAAAUAGCCCGGAUAGCUCGUUCCUUAUAGCGACUUCCUACGACGUGAUAAUUACUUCCAACGUAAGUAGUUGUGCAGAUCAGAACGUCAAUUUGCUUCGUACACGAUUUUUUCCUUUGUCUUCAUUCACUAUGUCUCUUUUUUUUUUCUUUUUUGUUUUCAGCUUACUCGAACCCUUAACGAUCCAUUCUCGGUCCUCCGCUAUAAUCUUGUGUAUUUUGACGUGGUGUAAGAACUAAUGUAAAUAACCGGGAAGUACAUAUUUACUUUUACAGAUGAACAGCUGAUCGAUAAGGAACAGCUAUUUGAAAAGUAGGCAUUUCCGGUUCUUUUAGUUCUUGUAUUGCUUACUUUUGUUUUAUUGCAAUCAAAAGUAUUCGUUUACUUAACGAGCAAAUAGCGAUGCUUAUGCUCAUUAGUAUAUUUCUUUUUAAAAAAAUUAUAUAUUUAUAUAAAGUAUUCUCGAAGAGCAAUGAAAAUAGAUAUAUAAUUUAAUAACGAAAAUUUUAUUAAGUAUUAAUCUUUCUUUAGGCUAUAUAUCUUCGACGUAUUUUUUGUUCUCUACUAUUGAAAAAUGCAAUGUUUUAGUAUGUACUUAGGAACGAUAGAAGUUCGAAAGAAUUUUAUUGCUCAGAUAAAUGGAGUAGAGAUUUGAGAGAAGCAAUAUUUAAUAAUUAUCAUAAUUAAUAUUCGUAGGUGCGUGUUUUUCAUGUCGUUUGUUGUCGUGGAUGAUUUUUUAUUGUUUUAAGUGUAACGCGUAUAUGUAUACCGGAAUUGUUUUUGAAAAUUUCUAUCGGAAGUAUACAUUCUUAGAAUGACUUACGAUUCUUCUUACACGCUGGAACGUUAAGGGUUGAACGCGUUUACAGAUUUUCGCUUUGGCCUAAAUUGUAAUCUACAGUAUUCUAUUUUUUUUUAUUUUUCACAAAUAAUUGGCACAAGAAUCGCGAAAAUUGAUAGUACUGCACUAAACACGAAAAACAUUGUUGAACAAUCGAAAGUGUUUGCUUUCGUGCACGUUUGGUGAAUAUAACAGCAUGCGUUCUUUGCAAAAUUGUAGAAUCUCAUUGACGAAAUAAAUUCUAUUGAAAUACAAACAUUUCUUAGCAGAUGAAAAAGCUCGACGAUUAAGAGUUUCUACUUGGUUCAACGCAGACACUCAACAUUCACUUUUUCAUACGCUUUUCAGCUAUGUUAUGUAAAAAUGAAAUAAAAAAAGUAAUUUAUUAUUGUUGCAAAAUCUAGCUUCAUAUUGUUGGGGAAGACAAAAAUUAUUGACAUUUUAACAUUCAGUCUUUUAACUAUUCGUUAAUUGACUAUUUUUUUAAAUAUUUGAACUGUUCCCCAUAGCGAUUCAACAUUUUUCAGCAAAAUGAGAAAGUAGAGAGUCGAUACAUCGUAUUGCUCUUACAGAGUAUGAAAUUUUUAAAGAACCAUUCCGCGUAGCAGACUACCUAAUUUUUAAUGAAUUAGAGGUACGCUAAAGUAACGCUUAAUGGCACAAGCUCAAAUUUAUUACUAAGAAUGGCUUAGUUUCUCAUCUUUUCAGAUAUAUCAACAUGUUUCUUUCAUCUAAAAAAAAAAGAAGGAGAAUCGUUACGAAUAAUUUCGAUACUGCCUGAUAUUGUUCCAACCGAAUGGAUUUAAUUAUGUAAAACGAAUAUAGAGAAUAUCGGUCAAAAAUCUCUCCUGCAUUAAUGGAUGUGUGAUUAUCUAAAAAUUAGCUUUAACGCAAAGCAUUUCAUAAUUAGUAAUAUAAUUUCGUAAAUAGUAUCGCAAUUAGUAAACAAAAAAUGCGAUUAACCUGCGGAUCAUUAAAGUCUAAGAAUUGUAUAAAUAAUUUAAUUAAAACUUCUGUGUUGAACAUGAAAGAAUUGUGAUAUGUAUGUGUAUACAAGAAUAUUUGUUGUUUUAAACAAUUGACCAGAGAAUGUACGUGAAAUGUUUCAUCUAUGUUUCUUCUUUUUUACCGAGCAUAUAUUAUAUUGCUUGUCGAGUAUAACGAUCGAGAUUGAUGCGCGGCUAUUUACGGAGAUCAGUGAAUCAAUCGAUUCCUUGUAAGCGUUCGAGCAUAUUAUUCAAUGGUUUGGUACGAAGAACUGUAAUAUAAUUUGUAACGUGAAAUAUUAUACCCCUGCUACUGUGUAUGAAACAUAAAACUUGUCUGCAAUUCUUCAUAUCUUAAAUAUGUCGCUAUCGUCAAUCAAUGUUCGUCGGAAUACCUACUCAGACGAUACGUAAUAUCUAACAUUCGUCGUUGAAAAUUGAAUUCUUUAAUCGGAACAUAAUUACGCAGUAUUUUCUCUGAAUCCCGAUUAAGAUUAUUAAUAAUCCGUUUACAAAUUUAUCGGCAACAAUCGAUUGGUCAGCAACUUUUGUCGACAAAGGGGAGGUACCGGAACUUCUUUCUUAGCUCGAAAGAUACGCGAGCGAUGAAUAAUAAAGUAUAGCUUAUUAAUAAUUUUUCAUUUGUCCCGUACUACGCGUUUGUAUCUCGUGAAACUAUUGUUAAACUCUAUUCGUUAUUCUACAAUACAACGACUCUGAAUACAUAAUACACUUCGGUAUCUUAUUACUAUGAAUCGUACAUAAAUAUUAUUGUAUACAUUCGGCGAACUUAAAUUGUAUUACAAGAAGCAUUUGUUAGAAAUUUUUCCAAUUGUUAUAUACAAGAUCAUCCGGCAAAUGACACGCACACUAUGGACAACGAUACGAAUUUGUCAUGAACAUUAUGGGGAAUAUUAUAACAUCAGGAGUAAAUAAAUUUUUAUUCACUUUUAAAA